AUGACCUACUUACAUCACUAAAGAACUUGAAAGAGGAAAUGGCAGAUUUAAAGGAAGGCCAGUUGAAGGACAAAGGAUUCAUACAAAGAUUGCAGGAUGCAGUCCAUAAGCUACAAGCUGAUGUUGAAAAACUGAAACAGUCCAUGGAAACUGUGACUGGAGAAAAUUCCAAGCGGGUGAAAGAAAUACAGGAACUGGUUCAGUACUGUGACAGCCUGAAUGCUAGGAAAGCAGACAAGGAGUAUGUAGACAUGGAAGUUGAUGUGAAAGCUGAUCGCAAUCAACUUGAAGGAAAAGUCAACCAUUCUCUGUUUGAUUCCACAACAAGUGAGAUGAAUCGCAUGAUAAAGGACAUUCUUGACAAACUAAAUGGCCACGAUGGGGACUGGAAAUCAGCUCUAGCAAAGGCUAUGGAGGAACUGGACGGAAAACUUGAUCGUCACGAGAUGAAUAACUUGAAGGGAUGGCUUGAGAAACAGCUGAAAGCUCUCAAUAACAAGAUCAAAACAAUGGGCCCUGGCUGGCAGUUAGAUGAUGAAGCCGCUGGCAUGAAAAGACAGCUAAUACAGCGGUUCCAUUGCCUGUCCUGUGAUAAACCAAUAGCUGUCAUGCCACAUCCGCCAAUACCAUCAAUUCCAUCUAACUAUGGCCUCCCCAAAUUCAAGUCUACUAGACCUUACACGACCUUUGAACUUGAUCAAAUCAGGCAGCAAGCUAGAAGGUAUGUAG